AUGAAAGAAUUGAAAACGAUAAAGAAUCCGUUUGCUUGGAAGAAUAUAAUUUCAUACGAAUUGGAAAGACCACUUGUUUUGAUUCGAGUUUAUAAUUUGAAACAUUAUAUAGAAAAAUCUGUUGUGUUACAAGCAAUUUUUGAUCCAGAACAGGAAUGCACAGCUCUGUUCUGUGAAUUGUGUAAGCUUUAUGAAAUGUUGUAUCGUAACCGUGAAACGAUGGACAUUCUGAAUAUUUUCAAUGUGAAAGAUUACAAUCGUUCUACCCUUCUUAUGAACUUUGCCUAUUCCAAUGCUUAUUCAAAAUUUAUUUGGAUGUGUGAAAAUCUACUUCCACCAAUGUGUAACAAUGAUCACUUUAUGAUUGGAAAUAGAACCUAUGGACAAAAUUGCCUUCACAUUGCCUGUGCAAGAGGUAGCACACAAAUUGUGGAAUAUCUCAUUGAAAAGAGAGGUAUGGAUCUCAAUGCUACAGAUUUUGAUGGAUACACAUGUCUACAUUUGGCUGCCUGCAAACAAAACUAUUCUCUUUGUAAAUAUUUACUUGAUCAUGGAGCUGACAAACACAAAUUAACUCUCAAUGGAUUCAGGGCUGUAAAUUUAGUCAACACUGAAAACCAAGAUUUGAAGAAACUUCUUAAGGUUACCCCAGUCAACCAUUAACUUCGUUUCGUGUCCCUAUUAUUUCUUCAAGUACAUUGUUCAAUCAUCAUUUGCACUAGAACCAACAAAAAAAUGUCUCUAAACAAAUCUAUCGUGAUUGAUAAUGGAUCUUGCAUGUGUAAAGUUGGUUUUGCAGGUGAAAACUCUCCAACAGACAGCUUUCCUUCAAUCGUAGGCAAACGAAGGAAUAAACUUUCAAGCAAUCCUACAUAUGUAGGAUAUAGAGCAACCUCUCAUCGGGGAGAAUCACUUUGUCUCCAUUAUCCAGUGGACAAGAGAGUGAUCACAAAUUGGGAGGAUAUGGAGCUGGUUUGGAACCAUGCCUUUUACAAUGAGUUGAGAGUUGUGCCAGAGGAACAUCAAGUCAUGCUAACUGAACAACAAAAUCCAAAGGAAAAUAGAGAAAAAACAACUCAAAUCAUGUUUGAAGGGUAUAAGGUACCAGCCAUGUAUUUGGCCAAUCAAGCUGUAUUGUCGCUCUAUGCAUCUGGUGGCGUGACUGGAAUAGUUUUGGAUUCUGGUUAUCAUAUUACACAAUCGGUUCCAGUGUUUGAAGGUCAUGCUUUGCAGCAUGCCACUUGCAGAUUAGAUUGGGCAGGAGAUGAUUUGGUUGACCAUUUGAUGAUCCUCUUGAAAGAAAGAGGAUACAAUUUACAAUACAGUUUUGAAAGAGAAUAUGUAAAAGAUAUGAAAGAAAGAUAUUGUUAUGUAGCUUUGGAUUUUGAGGAGGAAAUGAAGCAAUAUAAGAUCAAUUCAUCUAUUGUUGAUUAUGAAUGGCCAGAUGGAACACUUCUCGCUAUUGGAAAUGAGCUAUUCAGAUGUCCAGAAUUACUGUUUCAACCUAAUUUAGUUGGAAUUGAAGAUAAAGGAGUACACGAAAUAAUAUUUGAUUCUAUUCGAAAUUGUGAUAUUGACAUUAGAAAGGAUUUAUAUUCGAAUGUUAUUCUUUCAGGUGGAACAACCAUGUUUAAGGGAAUGUCAGAGAGGAUACACAAGGAAUUAACACUGGUAGCUCCUUCAUCAAUGAAAAUUCGUGUGGAUGGCCCAACUAAGGGAUGCGAAACAGUCUGGAUUGGAGGUAGCAUUCUUGCAUCAUUAUCAAGCUUUCAAUCUUUGUGGAUUACUAAAGAUGAAUAUAAGGAGGUUGGGAGUGGAAUAGUUCAAAGAAAAUGUUUUUAAUAAUUUAAAUGAUGCCAUCAACAUGUCAAGGCCCGUCAUGCAAAGAUUUAUUGUAUUAAAAAAUGUCCACAAUCACUACCUCACAACCCGUUCAUUUGAAUGUUGGUGGUACGAUCCGCACCAUCAUUCCUGAUGAAUUAAUUAAAAGUGGAAGAGAAACAGACACCUUCUUUUCUAAACUUUUCACACAACAACAAAUUCAACCUACAAUAACACCAUCCAAUUUAUUCACUGAUCCUGUGUAUUUUGUUAAUUGUCCACACAAAAUAUUUAACAUGAUCUUUAACUGGUUAAAGUACGGAAUGGUAAAUAGAGAUUUAUCAGAAUAUCAAAAAUUAGAAUUGAUAAAUGCUUGCAAAGAGUUGAAUUGUGUGAAUUUGUUGAAAAUCUUGGAAUCUGAAACAAGUAACAGCACUACACUUGAUGUCAGCAGUGCAGUGUUGGAGAUUGUUAAACAUGAGAUAAUGCAUGUACCUAUUUUGGACUUUACUGGUCGAAAUUUGAAGAGAAUUAAUUUGGAUAGAGUUAAACUAGAACAAGCACAGAAAAUUUCGUUCAAAGAUUGUGUAAUGAGUGAUUCCUCUUUAUGCAAAGCAACACUAUCAAAUGCUGAUUUUUCGAAUUGUGAUUUGAGUUCUUCAAAAAUGGACAAUUCUUUUUUCAAAUAUUCAAAUUUCACAUCAGCCAAACUAAAUUCAAAUCGAAUGGAUGACACAACAUUUGAAUCGUGUAAUUUUAGUUCGGUAAACUUGAGCUCUUGUAGUCUGAAAAAAGUACUUUUCAAAGAAUGUGAUUUUAAUUCUGCAAAUUUGAGUAAUUCUAAUCUUGAGAGUGCACAAUUCAGAUCUUGUAGAAACUUUUCUGCAGCAAAUCUGACCUCAUGCAAUUUAAAAUAUGCAUGUUUCGAAAAUUG